AUGAUUUUUCUGUAUUCGUUUCGUUUACAACGCACCGUUACUGAUUAUUUGCAGAGAAAAUAUGGUGACAAAGUGGAUGAAUUUGUGCCACUGUAUGGACAACAUGCAGGUGGAGGUAAUGGAUCUGUAUAUGCCAUUGAACAAGGUCGUCAAUUCAUUACGUCACCUCCACCACCGAUACAAGAUGAUACUUAUCGAGAAGUUAGUCAGGGUCGUACAACUCACAACGAUUAUUUAGACGCAAAAAAUGAAAAUAAUUUACAUCAAUCAAGUUUGGUAGGCUCUGGAGCACGUUCGAAUCAAUAUGAGUUCAAAAACGGAAACGAGGAUGAUAAUAGAAGUAUAGCACCGAUAGUUACCAUUAUUCGUGCUCAAACAUCAGAUAAUAAACCAAAUUCAUUAUCCGCGUCUUCAUCUCAUUCAUCUGAAGCAUCUAAUCAUCGAUUAAUGUCUAUCGGAGUACAACCACCAUCCUUUUAUAGUAAUAAUCAAAACAGUGUAACAGAAAAUAUUGAAACGAAAAUCACACGAAAUACUAAAAAAAAUAUUAUUAUUAACGAAGAAGAAAACUACCAAAUUCUACAAGCACCCUCCAUCGAACAAGGCACGUACUAUGUUCAAGAACAAUCAUCCCCACCAUCUCCACGCACAACCAUAAUACGUUUACAAGGACCAUAUACAACCCGAAUCAAUAUGGCAACUGAGCAUAUUGCUGAUGCUCCACAAUGGGAAGAAACCACACUGUUUCACAUUCAAUAUGAAGAACCUGAUAAUAAUUCACCAAAUAUAGCAACAAGACAAAACGCAAGAGAGAUGAGUAAUACUCCACCACCAACAUCUUCGAAUAAUAUUAAUGCAACAAAUUUAUCCACUAGCAGAAAUGAAUCAUCAGUGAGAUUGGGUAAUCCAGCAUCACCUGUCAAACGUGCAUCAAUAGAAAUCGUUAAUGAGGAACCUGUUUGGGAACGAUUGGGCAAAUAUGACACAUUAGUCGAUGAUUCAUCAGUUUUACCAAAUAAAAGUCAUAAUAACCGAAACACAUACACUACAUCUGAUGAUAAUAUACAGUCACGUUCAGACGAUAAUCUAAAGAACAAUGAUUAUGAACAAAUAACGAAAAAAUUCCAUAAUUUAUCACCUCAUUGGUAUUCUGACAGUAAUAUUUAUUCGGCCAAUUCUGACCAACGUUUUGCUCCAAAUGACGAUCAUUUAGGUAAUCGUUCAAUCUCAUUUAAUAAUCUUGAUCAAUGGCCAGCUCCACCCAAUUUUCCUCCAUUGAAUGAUAAAGCAGAAAUAUUACCGUAUGAUAUUAAUAUGGUAAUGAGAACGAAAGAUGUUGAAAGUACAUUAAGUGACGAAGAUUCCGAGUACGAAAGUGUUGUGACAGAAAAAAAUGGUCGACAGAAAAGAUAUCCACCAGUCGCCGAUGAUAAUGAUGAUAUUUAUAAAACGGCUGGUAUCGAUGAAAUAGAAAUUGAAACAACAAAUCUGGUUCAACACCCAACAGAUGUUUACGAUGACAUAUUACCGCGUGUACAGACAAAAAAUCGUACAUAUAUAACGCCGCAAACAACUGAACAACAACUUGAACAUCAACAAACAAUAACAAAUGUUGUUCGAAAAAACGUCGAAGCUACCGUUCAACGAAAGUUUCAAACAAAAUCAGCCGCUAUCGCCGCAGCAGCAACCAGUGAACACUUAACUAAUGAUUAG